CUGAGUGACCUAGGGGGAGCAAGCAUCAGAACCAUGUCUGACAAGUAUUCAGGCGCUAAUCCAUUGAUUGUUUUGAACACCAAUAAGAGGGUUUUAAAAUCUAUUCGAGAAUCUAUCCUCCACACAAUAGCUUGAUAGACGGGAUGUUUCCUACAGACGGGCUCCAAGCGAGGCGCAAAUAGAGGGGCUCUGAGAUUGCUAUAGCUGUGCCAAACUCUGAAAUCAAACGACAAGUCCGUUGUUUAGGUAGUACUAGCCCCGCCCCCGGGGCGUCUACAAGCGCCGCCCCUCAGCGUGGAGCCAAAUUACAGACGACCAGAAUCCGCUCGCUAGCCUAGCCGACUGUUAGCCUCUGAUAAACCAGUCCUGUUUCCUGAACUCAGAGCGAACGCUUGAUUGACAGCCGAGUGGACCAGUGAUGGAGGAGCUACAUGAUGUUCAGCUGACUGAGAUCAAACCACUGCUAACAGGACAGAGUGGAACCAACCUGCAGGACUUCGACUGUCAGGAGCAUGAUGUGGAGACCCCCCAUGGAGUGCUGCAUGUCACCAUGAGAGGGGUUACCAAGGGCAACCGUCCCACCAUCCUCACCUACCAUGACAUCGGGCUGAACCAUAAGUCUUGUUUCAACAGUCUGUUUAACUACGAGGACAUGCAGGAGGUGACCCAACAUUUCUCUGUCCUGCAUGUGGACGCCCCGGGACAGCAGGACAACGCCCCCCCCUUCCCUUCAGGGUACAAGUACCCCACCAUGGAUGAGUUGGCAGAAAUGCUGCCUUGUGUCCUCACUCAGCUACAGGUAAAGAGCGUCAUCGGUAUUGGAGUCGGAGCUGGAGCUUACAUCCUCACAAAGCUGGCUCUGACCGAGCCGGCCUUGGUGGAGGCUCUGGUUCUGAUCAACGUCGACCCCUGCGCCAAGGGCUGGGUGGACUGGGCCGCAGCCAAGUUCAGCGGCUGGACCAGUACCCUGGUGGACAAUAUCAUGAGUCACCACUUCAGUCCGGACGAGAUAUCUGACAACCUGGAGAUCAUCCAGACGUUCCGCCUGCACAUCUCCCAGGACAUCCCCCAGGAGAACCUGGGCCUGUUCUACACCAGCUACGACAGUCGUCUUGAGCUGCCGAUUGAACGUCCGAUCCCUGGCCUGAACGAACACACAGUCACCACCCUCAGCUGCCCUGCUCUCCUGGUGGUGGGGGACACUUCGCCUGCCGUGGAUGUCGUGGUGGAAUGUAACUCCAGACUCAACCCCACCAAGACCACCCUGCUAAAGAUGGCAGACUGUGGCGGGCUGCCCCAGGUGGUGCAGCCAGGGAAGCUAGCGGAGGCGUUUAAAUACUUUGUCCAGGGAAUGGGAUACAUCCCCCAUGUUGUGUUAAGCAACCUAAGAACCAAUCAGUGCCCACCGUCAGUAUGACUCGUCUGGUCCGCUCCAGAACUCACUCUGCGUCCAGCAUUGGGUCAGGGGAGAGCAUUCGUAGCCGCGGUACCGCCAGCGGCCUGACAGAGGGCGCCACCACCCCAAAACACAUGCCAAGCCUCCCCAUGGAGGUCAGCGCCUAAACAACCCAGCACCCUCUCCUUCCUCCCCGCAGUUGAUGUACUCUGAACUAGUGACUGCAUGACCUCCCGACCAGCAGACGUUAUUUAUUGGAAACAUUUCGUCCUCCAUCUUCCGUUCAGCUUGCUCUCGUUAGUACCGGUCUUUUUCUUAAAUCCUUACUGUAGCCGCCCGCUCGGGUAGCUUCUCUAACUAGCAUAGCGGCUCUGUGUUAGCUUCUCUACCUAGCAUAGCGGAACUGUGUCAACGGUGCGUGAGCAGAAGUAGUGUACCUUGAAUAGUCUCCAUUGGCUGCUGUGUUACUGCAUGGCCAUGUGUCGCUGCCCCCUAGUGGACGGAGGUUCUGUUUUGAUUCUGUUCUCUUCUGGAAUCCUUCAACACCCAGUACCGUUUCCAUGUCUAGUUAGAUGAUGUCCAAGCCCAGUUCAGUUUGAUAUAUAAGGUCAUUAACCAGGAAAGCCUAGUUCAGUUUGUUAUACGGUUAUUAUUUCUGUGCCCAUCUUGAUGUACUAUUUAUUACAUUGUAUUUAUUCCGAUUUGUAUGGAAAGAUGUUGUUUGUACUGAAACUUAAAAAUUUGUACUAAAUAAAACAUGUUGUAACAAA